AUGAGUUUCGUGCCCGUUAACCCGCGGCCGUUCCUGCAGGACCUGGUCAACAAGGACGUGGUAGUGCGUCUCAAGUGGGGCGAGACGGAGUACAAGGGGAGACUGGUGAGCAUCGACAGCUACAUGAACAUCCAGUUGAGCAACACGGAAGAAUUUAUUGACCGCAAGUUUACUGGUGCUUUGGGCCAAGUACUGAUACGCUGCAACAAUGUGCUGUAUGUGACGGCCGCGACGGGUGAGGACAGCAAGGGUGGGGACGAUACAAGGAUGGAGGAUUGA